AAAAUAAAGAAAACCUUCAGAUCGAUCGAUCGAUCGAUCACUGUUUUAACUUCUUUCUUUCGCUAUUCCACCCUCGAUCAUUUCUUCUCCGACACUCUCUCGCCCGUACGCCGAACGAACGGGAGCCGCCAGAAUUCGCUUCGCCCUCGUCAUCAGAGACCGUGCCUCAAACCCUAGAAGCUCGAGCCUACUCGUGAUCUCUCACCGUGGAGACCCCUUCGUCAACGGAGGCGAGCGGAACGGCGGCCGAGAGGGGGCCGGAGAGGUCGCGUUCCGGUCUUGGUCUAGGGUUCCGGUACCUCACCGGGGUCGCCGGCGGCUGGUGGGACAAGUGGACAGUCAUGGGGGCCGCCGGCUCCAAGCUUGAGAAGGCCCUCGGCGACCAGUUCCCUGAAGGCGAGCGCUACUUCGGCCUUGAGAACUUCGGCAACACCUGCUACUGCAACAGCGUCUUGCAGGCUCUAUAUUUUUGUAUUCCUUUCCGGGAGCAGUUACUGGACUAUUAUGCAAAUAACAAGAAUCUGGGCGAUGUUGAAGAAAACCUUCUAACAUGUUUGGCAGACCUAUUUACUCAGAUUAGCUCCCAAAAGAAAAAAACUGGUGUUAUUGCUCCAAAACGCUUUGUGCAGAGAGUGAAGAAACAGAAUGAGUAUUUCCGUAGUUAUAUGCACCAGGAUGCUCAUGAGUUUUUGAAUUUCUUGCUGAAUGAGCUUGUUGAUAUUCUGGAAAAAGAGUCUGAUGCUGCAAAAAGUUCCCCAGAAACCUUGUCACCAUCUAAAAAGAUUGCCAAUGGACCAAGCCAUCCUGUGGCUAAUGGUGUGCAAAAGGAGCCACUUGUUACAUGGGUUCACAAGAACUUUCAGGGCAUACUGACCAAUGAAACAAGAUGCUUACGUUGUGAAACUGUUACUGCAAGGGAUGAAACAUUUCUUGACUUGAGCCUUGAUAUUGAGCAGAACAGUUCUAUAACAAGCUGCCUCAAAAACUUCAGUUCAACAGAGACCUUAAAUGCUGAGGACAAGUUCUUCUGUGAUAAGUGCUGCAGUUUGCAGGAAGCACAGAAGAGAAUGAAGAUCAAGAAGCCACCACAUAUUCUUGUGAUCCACCUCAAAAGGUUCAAAUACAUCGAGCAGCUUGGUCGGUACAAGAAAUUAUCGUACCGUGUGGUGUUUCCCAUGGAGCUGAAACUUACUAACACGGUCGAAGAUGCGGACUCCGAGUACUCUCUCUUUGCAGUUGUGGUCCACGUGGGGAGCGGUCCCAACCAUGGUCACUAUGUUAGCCUUGUCAAAAGCCACAACCACUGGUUGUUAUUUGAUGAUGAAAAUGUGGAGAUGAUCGAUGAAUCAACUGUGCAGACAUUCUUUGGUUCCUCUCAGGAGUUUUCAGGCAACACAGAUCAUGGGUACAUCUUGUUCUACGAGAGACUUGGUGGAAAGAGCUAAAAAAAACCCUUUGCUUACAUUUCCUUCUGGCCUUUCUACCUGUAUUAGCUCUUUCCAAUUUUUACUCCAUGUAACACAAUCGGAAGCUCUUGGGAUUUUGUGAGGUGAGCGAGCUAGUGAGAGGAUGUGAUGGUUUGGGUGGAUGCAAUGUACAGUGGAUGGUGGAAAAGCACUGUCCGUUUGUUCUAAGAAUAAAAUAGAAAUGUACGUGGGUGGCAGGAGCUUAAGGUACAACUUUUUCCUGUACUUGUUGUGUUUUUGGCUUUUUGGACGUCUAUGAAUACAGAGUGCGAUUCUUCCACUA